AUGGAUUCACAGGGUGGUCCAUACCUCAACAAGAAGGCACUCUGUUCACCUCUGGGUGCUGCCCGCCUCUGUCAGUUAGCAAUGGGCUGUACAGUGAUUGCCAUGGUAACCCACAGUGCUGGCUACAGUGGUUCGCAUGGUGUGUUCUGCAUGGCGGCGUGGUGCGUCUGUUUCGCCAUGUCGGUUGUGGUGUUCUUUCUGGAUGCUACUCGUCUCUACAGCUGCCUCCCCAUCUCCUGGGACAACUUGACAGUCACAUGUGCUGCCUUCGCGACACUCAUGUAUGUGACAGCCUCUGUGGUCUACCCACUCUUCUUUGUUCGAAUUGAGUGCCCAUACGCCGGUUGUGUUGUCCGAAAUUUCCGCAUUGCUGUCACCAUCUGUUCCAUCCUGGGUACUCUGGCCUAUGGAGCUGAAGUGGCUUUGCGCCGAGCCAGGCCAGGGCAGGCGGUUGUGGGCUACAUGGCCACUAUUUCCGGCCUCCUCAAAGUCGUUCAGGGCUUUGUUGCCUGCAUCAUCUUUGGAGCUCUUGCCAAUGGGAGCGAGUACUCCCGUUACGCCGCUACAAUCUACUGCGUUGUCGUUUAUGCUUUCUGCUUCGCUCUGACUGCACUGGUGGUCAUAAUGACUGUGUGUGGUCGGACCAAAGCUGUGCGGUGCAUGCCCUUUGACCGCUUUGCGAUCGUAUGCACUCUCUUGGAAGUUCUUCUCUACCUGAGUGCAUCAGUGGUGUGGCCGGUGUUUUGCUUUGACAGUAAGUACGGCUCCCCCUGGAGACCAUCGUCAUGUCCACGGGGGAGAUGUCCAUGGGACAGCAAGGUUGUGGUGGCGGUGUUUUCUUUUGUCAAUUUUGGACUGUAUGUGGUGGACCUGAUCUACUCCCAGAGGAUACGAUUUGUCUCCUCACAUGUGCCUACUAACUCACGGGUGUAG